AUGUCUUCCGCAAAUAAUAAAAACGAUCGGAUUUCCUCGCAAUCAGAGGAUAACAAUGAAAGAGUUUCCGAAACAACACCGCUUCUAUCUAAUAACCCAAAGAGAAAUAUUACCGCAUCUAAUGUUGAUAUCUCUGAAGAUUUAUCACCGAUACCUGUUGAAAACGAAUCAAAUGAGAAAACCGAAGCGAUUUAUAUAUUAAAGAAAUCAGUUCCUGUUACUUUAACAUAUGUCUUACAGAUGUCCUUACAAAUGGCUUCUGUAUUUACAUUAGGACACUUGGGAUCAAUAGAAUUGGCAGCAUCAGCGCUAGCUUCUAUGUUUGCAACUGUUACUGGAUGGUCCAUUAUCUUUGGUGCCUCGACAGCGCUUGAUACUCUCGGGUCGCAAGCUUACACAUCAGGCAAUCCAAAGAUGUAUAUCUUGGUUUUUUUGGGUCAAGAUCAUGAAAUUUCUAGCAAAACUGGUCUAUUUUUAAGAUACCUGUUGGGGGGUGCACCAGCGUUCUUGAUGUUUGAAGUAAUAAAAAAAUACCUGCAAGCUCAAGGAAUCAUGCACGCCAGCACUUAUGUUUUGAUAAUAUGCAGUCCGAUCAAUAUAUUACUAAAUUUUAUGCUCGUAUGGUACAAACCCAUUUCGAUUGGAUUCAUUGGUGCACCAAUUGCUACGGCAAUCACUUAUUGGUUGAUGUUUCUCCUUAUUAUAAUUUACACAAAGUACAUUGAUGGUUAUCAAUGUUGGGGAGGAUGGUCACGUGCUGCACUUCAAGAUUGGGUACAAUUUUUAUUACUGGCGAUGCCAGGAAUCUUAAUGGUUUGCUCGGAGUGGUGGGCAUUCGAAUUGGUGGCUCUAGCUGCUGGAUACCUGGGUAGCAGUUCUCUAGCUACUCAGAGUAUAGUUCUAACCACUGUUAGUUUUUUAUAUCAAAUACCAUUCGGAAUUUCCGUGGCAUCAACAAACCGUGUUGGAAAUCUUUUAGGGGCUAGACGAGCAUCAAAGGCGAAGACGGCUGCAUUGAUUUCAUUAAAAUUUGCAGUUUUUAUUGGUCUUAUCAACACGUCCGUAUUGAUGAUCUUCAGGAACUCAUGGGGAUACCUAUUCACGAACGAUGAAGAAGUGGUGAAAUUAACAUCAAUCAUAUUACCUAUGGUCUCAUUCUUUCAGGUAUCUGACGGGAUUGGUGCGGUAGGAUGCGGUAUACUUCGUGGACAAGGUCGUCAGAAAAUUGGAGCAAUGUUAAAUGUUCCCGGAUAUUAUCUCAUUGCCUUUCCUCUGGGUAUAAUACUUGCAUUCCACUUCAAACUUGGACUUAUAGGUCUUUGGUGUGGCUUGGCAGCUGCAUCCCUAACGGUUGGCAUUGCUCUACUUUACAUAAUAUUAACUACUGAUUGGCAAUGGGAGGUUGAAUCAUGUCAGAAAAGAAUGAAAGGAAGUAAUUAUAGCCUUAAUCCAAAUGAUUCUGCUUUAUCAUCUUCUGGUAAUGACGAUACUUUAGUAUAA